ACUGCUGGACAGAACACACCUCGGUGGGGCUCCCAGUUUGUCCGCUAGCAGCAGCAACCUCAGGCUCUGUGCUGCCCUUCCAAGGCUGUCAUCCUCUCUGUAAAACCUAAGAGAAGGCUUCCAACUUGUCUCACCUCUUCCAAGCUUUUUCAGGCAGCACCUGCCGCAAGUGCAUCGCUCAGUGCAAUGAUAAUUAUCCUGGGGCUCUUUGCUAGAGGGGAAGUUAUUGCUGGCGUUGAACAUUUGAGGGGCAUCUGCCAAAUCCGGAGCUCGAGGGCUCCGGCAGCAUGCGUGGCUCUUGCCCGAGCCUCUUCCUCUCCCCCUGCGGAUCCGAACAGCUUCUGCGAGAGGUGACUCUGUAUGAGCACCGCCCGCGGGGCUCCCGUGAGCCGGAGAGGGGCUGACCGUCGGCCGGCGGCGGAUGUUGGGGUUAAUGAUUCAGAUGGUGACAGGAAACCAGAAGCUGGCUAACGAUCCUCGGAGGAACCGGCUCCAGUGCUGGCGGCUGCGGCCGUGAGGUGCGCGAGGAGCUGGGACGGAUGGGGACGGCUGGCUGAGGCUGCAGGCUGGACACCGCGGGGCCAUGGCGCAGCUGGAGCUGCUGUGGGUGGCCGCCGCGCUGAUGCUGCUCGGGGCGGCCGUCAGCGCCUGCGUCAGGUGCCAGCUCUCCGGUACAAAGCGAGAAAAGAAGCAGAGCAAGCAGACAAGUCAGCUCGGAAACCAGCAGAGCUUUGAGGUGAUUCGGUCCCACUCCACUGUAACGCGAAGGCUAGACCAGAUUAAGGAACCUGAAAACUUCACAAUAACAAGGAAAGCUCACGAGGAGCUCGGCGCCUCCCGUCCCCUUGGCAUUGAGAGCAGGACCGAGCCCCGGUACCAGAACUUCCUGACAGAAGACUACCUGUGUGAGGAUGCUGCCUACGUGGAGCCCAUCUCUGUGGAUUUCUAUGAGCAUGCCAAGUGCUUCACCUCACCCAACGCCAAAGAGGAGGAUUCCCAUUCCUACCAGAAUGUCUUCAUUGGGGACGCUUGUGGCUCCGGGCUGGAUGACGUGGAUGACUACGAGAACAGCACGGCGAUACACGCGUGGAAAAUCGAGCAAAGUGCAGCAGCGCUGUACAUAGAGAGCCAGGACGAGGAGCCAGACUACGUUAACACCGACCCCACGUCGGACCCCACCCUGCUGUCAAAGCAAAGUAAACUGCGUAAAGUCUGAAGGAGCCCUUCGCCAAGCUGUAAGGGCACACCCAGCCAGCAUGUACAUAGGGAAAGAGGAGUCUUCGAUCCCACAGUGAAAUCUUCUCCAGAUCGUGCCCUAGAUCGUGUGGAACAGGUGCCGCUGAGAGAAGGAAAGGCUCUGCUUGAAGUCCAGCUGCAGACGUGUGUUGGAGGGAGCGCUCUGCCCGGCAGCGAAGCCUGGCCGACCCCUUCAGCGGCUCCCUCGGGCAUGCCACAAGCUCAUUAUCCCGUCUCACUUCCCUGCACGUCUUCUGGAGGGAGGACGGCUACUCUGUGCAAUGUUUUCUCCUGUCAAGCAUGAAAUGAAUCUUUAAAUUGCUGAGCGGUAAUGCAGCCAACUACUUAAUUUGUCAGGCUGACUCAUGCACGAUGGCAUUCAAACAUGGGGAUUAUGUUCUGAUUUAGUUCCUAUGCUCUCCUGCAGAAGUUGUUUCCUACAGGAGAGGAACUGGCAAGGCAGAGGUUGCUUUUACAGCAGCAGUGGUUCUCUGGAGCUAAAUGAGAUACCAAACUGCUCACAAAAGCUAAGGACUAAAGAGGAUUAAAUCCUCAUCUUAUUCACAGCUUGUAAUUCCCAGUGUCUGUGGCAGCUCUCCCUGUGUUUCGUUAUCUGUUUUAUAACGAUACAAAGGCACUGCAAAAACUGACAAGGUCCGAUCCACUGCCGUCAGCCUCAGAAAUUGCACUGGUCCUUCAGAUUUGCCAUAGGAACAUCAGUUCUGAAACAUAACCCUUGUCUCUUGAGCCCUCAUGUAUAGAUUUGGCUCUGUCAUAGCACUUAUUUAUUAAAAUUGAAAAACCUCCAAAGCAAA